GCGAAACGCAGCACUUGGCUUUGCGCCAUGGACGCUCCGCUUGCAUACACUCAGGAACAGGAAGGAUGCGACCGACAAGCGAAACGCAUGAGGACUUCCAAGCACCGCGAGGUGGAGAAUUUUCUCACCAUGGAAGGCAAUGCGUUGUCAACAAAACCACCGCCAGCCCCAGCUGGGCAGCAGCUGAAAGUCUGGAGCGUACAGCAGGUUUGGCAAGCAGCGCGCGGCGAGAAGCCAGAGGAAGCCAGAUCCGCCUGCAGCUGUGUGCACGCUUCAGCUUGGGCGCCUGCUGUGCAGCAGGCUUUGCAGAGGAUUAGCACCCGGCCUGGCUACAGAUACGUCAGCCAAAUGGGCGUCAGCGCAGAGGCUGCUGAUGUCUUGGACAAACGGAUGGACGCUUGGGCGGUGGAUGUGCUUGACAAGGCACGCAACCUCGCACAGCACCGCCGUGCUGUGCAAAUCUCUGCGGCCGACCUGGCACUGGCUCUACGCCUAUGAAUCGAGACUGCAGAAGAGCGAAGAGUCUGUCAAGGAUACGGCUUCGGAUUCGAGGUGCUGGUGCAGAAACUAGCGUCGCCUUCAAUAAGUGCAUCUGGAGGCAGAGCAGUGUUCCUGGGAAGUGCCUUGCCCUGCUCAAUGCUCCACACAGGUGUCCACUGGUGAGCGCCGGCCCAGGCAAACCUGGUGCCUCACGCGGUGGCGGCGGUACGCUACUUCCUGCAGGUCGCGGAGGCCGGGCCUUCGGAAGCUGACGAGCGAGCAGCUUUCCUUCGAGGAUCCUGGGCGCGACUUCAAGAACUGGAUGGCGACAUCCCGAUCCUUGUUAGCCUCGUUCAUUCUGAGGGCGCCGGGCUUGGCUGCAGGGGGUGGCAGCAUCUAUCUUCCGUUCUCCCAAACCUUGUUUGUUGACGCC